AUGGACCCUCUCGGCGCAUCUAACGCUCUCGGAGACAACAUCAUCCUCCGCAGAGUAGCAUUCUCCUCACGGGAGCAACAGGCUACGUAUAAGUUCGCCUUCAACUCAGCUUCAUCCACAACGCUGACUUUCAACACAGGUGGAACUAUCCUGACACAUCUGCUGAAGUCGGACAACCCAGCCCUGAAGAACGCAAUCAUCACAUGCCUCGUCCGCGGCGAGCAACGCAUCUCGCAGCUCGAGAAGGCAUACGGCUCCCGCGUCAAAGCGGAGCUCUACCAGGACCUCGACGAUGUCGAAAGGACGAUUGAAGUCACGAGCCAGCAUGACUACGUGAUCAAUACGACUUUGGGUUUCCACCCCGAGAGCGCUGCUGCUCUGGUCAAAGGGUUAGCGAAACGGAAGCAGUCCACUGGCAAGGAUACGUUCAUGAUCCAUACGUCCGGCACAUCGAAUCUGGCGGACCAGCCAAUCACUGGCAAACUUCUCGAAGACCGUGUCUUCGACGACGCCAAAGACGACAUCUAUGGCUACGAAAAGGAGCGGGAGAAGGGCCAGCUCUAUCUUCAGCGCAACAGCGAGCUUGGUGUUGUUGAUGCAGGCAUUGAAACUGGUGUGAAAGUGCUGGUCAUUAUGAGUCCCACUAUCUACGGCAGAGGCUCUGGCAUCGGGAAUACGAGUUCGAUUCAGGUCCCAGCAUAUGUCAAGACAACGUUAGCCAGUGGUCAGGGUGUCGUUGUGGGUGAAGGCAAAGGGAUCUGGGACAACGUUCAUGUCGAGGAUUUAGCUGGACUGUACGAGCUGGUCCUCCUCAACCAGAUCCAAGCCAACGGCUCCGACCUACCCACCGGAAAGAAAGCAAUCAUCUUCUCCGGCAACGGCAGGCAUACCUGGGGCGAGCUGGCUGCAGGCGUAGCCCAAGCUGCAUACCAGGCUGGCCAGAUCAAGACCGCUGAAGUCAAAUCGGUGACCAUUGAGGAAGCAGCCAACUUGUGGCCUGCGCCCUGGAACGAACCUUUGAGAGUCGAAUUGGGUCUGUCGAGCAACUCGCGGACGGAAAGUACCGUUGGCAGACAGCUGGGCUGGAAGCCUUCGAGAAGCGCGGAGGCGUGGAAGGAUGGGUUCACGGAGGAGGUGAAGGCUGCUUUGGAGCAGAAAUGA